AAGUUCUUUGCUUUGCCCCGUGAGCUCAUCUCUCUUCUAUCUCUGACUCGUGCUUUUUCUGAAAACGAAAAGUUUGAAACUUUGGUUUCUCUUCGUCACUGAUUGAGACACAUAAAAGCCCUAAAAGAUAAUCCUUCUUCACCUACAACAAAUUCUAGCCAUGAAAGCAAACUCACCCAAAGCUUUAAAUGCAAAGUAGCGAAACAUCCCAUCUCCUCUCUCUUAAGCACUAAGCAAAAACCCCAUCUUUCUCUCCUUCUAUAUAAUCCCUCUCUUCAAGAACUCUGCUUUCAUCAGAAAUCGUUUCUGGGUUCUUAAGAAAAACAUGGCCUCAUCAUCAUCUUAUAGAUUCCAAUCUGGGUUUUGUCCUCUUUCGUCAAGUCCUUCUCUUGGGAAUUUCGUCGAACGAAUUAAAGACGCUUGUCAUUUCCUCGUUUCUGCUGUUCUUGGUACCAUUAUCUCGGCGAUCUUGACCUUCUUCUUCGCACUAGUGGGCACAUUGCUUGGGGCACUUACAGGAGCUUUGAUAGGUCAAGAAACUGAGAGUGGUUUCAUUAGAGGAGCAGCAAUUGGAGCCAUUUCUGGAGCUGUUUUUUCUAUUGAGGUCUUUGAAUCAUCGCUUGAUCUCUGGAAAUCCGAUGAGUCGGGUUUCGGAUGUUUUCUCUACUUGAUUGAUGUCAUUGUUAGUCUUCUAAGCGGGAGACUUGUACGAGAACGCAUUGGUCCUGCAAUGCUAAGUGCGGUGCAAAGUCAAAUGGGAGCUGUAGAUGCAGCCUUUGAUGAUCACACAAGCCUCUUUGAUACAGGAGGCUCAAAAGGAUUAACAGGAGAACUUGUUGAGAAAAUCCCAAAGAUGACAAUCACUGGCAACAAUAACACCGAUGCUUCUGAAAACAGAGACCCCUGUUCUGUUUGUCUUCAGGAUUUCCAGCUUGGUGAAACAGUUCGAAGCUUGCCUCAUUGUCAUCACAUGUUUCACUUACCUUGCAUAGACAAUUGGCUCCUCAGACACGGUUCUUGCCCGAUGUGCAGACGUGACCUUUAAUCUCUCUCUCCAUUGUCCGUCUCUCAUAAUGUAGGCAAACGGCGCAGUUCAGAUGUUUUGACAGCUCUUACCUCAAGAAUCUGAUCUACUCUUCUUCCUCCUCGACUUUCAUGUAAAUUACAGUUCUUUUGGCUGUUUACGAUUACUAUACCUCUCUUUCUCUUUCAGAGUCUUUGUAUGACUCCUAGUUCUCUAAUGUUAUUAUCUUAGUCAGAGCCCAUGUACAAAGAAACACAAAAAAAAAAUAAAAAAAAAUAGAGUUUUUGUUUACUUAAUUCUUUAUUGUGGCUAAUGUUGUGUGACUUGUGUUCCAUUGAGCCAGAAACUAGUUGGUCGGCUUUUUCUUAA